UGUGGCGCUUCCUCUUCUUAACUGUUCACUUUUCACUCGCCUCAGAAGAAAACCGUCACCACACUCAUGGCGGGGAUUUUGUGCUCAAUAGUUCAGAGGCCCCCAGGCAGACUCCAAAUGAUGACAAAAGGUAUGGAGUCUCUUAUUUACAUGGAUUGGAUUCGUCACAAAUUUACCAAGUCAAGAAUUCCAGAUAAAGUAUUUCAGCCUUCACCUGCAGAUCAUGAAAAAUAUGGUGGGGAUCCACAGCAUCCUCAUAAACUGCAUAUUGUUACCAGAAUAAAAAGUACAAAAAGACGUCCAUACUGGGAAAAAGAUACAAUAAAGAUGCUUGGACUAGAAAAAGCACAUACUCCUCAAGUUCACAAGAAUAUCCCUUCAGUGAAUGCAAAACUGAAAGUGGUUAAACAUUUGAUAAGGAUCAAGCCCCUGAAGUUACCCCAAGGACUUCCAGCAGAGGAGGACAUGUCCAACACGUGCCUCAAGAGCACUGGGGAAUUAGUGCGGUGGCAUCUAAACCCCAUAAACCAAGAAGCAGUUAAGUCCUAAGGCUGGAGCAGUUUCAUAUUAAGAAAUGUAAAUCAUUGUGUUCUCAUUAAAAUAUAUUUUAAAUACUAAAAAAA